UCUAUUUCACGUAAAACUCAAAGCAAAACCUCCCCUUGCAAACUCACGCGAACCAUCAACCCAUUCUCCUUCUCUCCUCACUGCCGUCAUUACUACUGCUGCCCAGCCGCCACCACCGCUGCGCUUCCUCCUUCGUCGUCCCUCUCCGUCGCCGCCGGACCACCACGCGUCGGCAACCAGCCGCGCCACCGCCGCUGCUCAGCCGCGGACCUCACUUCCUCUUUCCUUUCUCCUUCGCGCAAGUACUCCUCUUUGCUUCUUUCUUGCGCACAGCCACUGUGCUGCCACCGCACCACCACCGAGCGCAACCACCACCUGCUCGGCUGCACCCAGCCGCGUCACCCAGUUCUCCUGACCAACGGCCGCUGCCGCGCCUCCCUUGCCGCCGGCCAACAUUCCUUUGAAUCUUUAAUUGGUGGAGAAUUCUCCGUAGACGACUUUUGAAUUGUUAAAGUGGUCUCGCACUUUGUUUACACAAGGCUCGCAGCUGGUCCUCCCUUCACCGUCGAUUGUCACUCUUCAGUCUUUACCACCGAUUUUCAGUGUUCUUCGGCGCCGGCGUCUAGUGAAACAUUGAUGUGCUGAGGGACAAUAAUAGUGAUGGUAUUAGUGAAGAGGAUCAAGUUGAACCAAUACAUUCGCUGUCAUCUUUAUUUUGUUAGUCGAUAUUGUCAUGGAGGGGGUGUUGAUGGGGAGGAUGUUAGGGUGAUUCCCUUUGGAGGAGAAGUUGAUGAUCCAUUGUACACUGAUUUGCCCGAGCCUCAUCGAUGUAAAUCGGAGAGGAAGCCGUAUAUAACUCCCAUGAAAACCCUGAUAAAGAGAGCUAAAGAGGAAAGGGAAUUGACGAAGUCGAAUCCUUGUCGAGUUCUUGAGCAUCCUCCUGAUAAUGGACUUCUUGUUCCCGAGCUUGUGGAAGUCUCUAGACGAGUUUAUUGGGCACGAGAAUCACUUCUUAUUGGCAUAUCCAAGCUUCUUGCCUUCACACCUGUUCUCAAAUGCAGGUCCUGCUCAGAAGUUCAUGUUGGACAUAUUGGGCAUGAAAUACGUACCUGCACUGGACCGAGGAGUGGUUUUCGCAGUGCUAUGCAUGAUUGGAGAAGAGGAGGCUUAAAUGAUGUAGUUAAUUUUCCCAAAUGCUUCCACCUCUAUGAUCGUGUUGGGAAACCAAGAGUUGUCCAUGAUGAGAGAUACGAUGUCCCUCGUAUCCCUGCAAUAUUGGAGCUCAGUAUACAAGCUGGUGUUGAUCUGGAACAGUAUCCUGUGAGAAGGAGAACAAAACCUGUCUACAGCAUUGAAGGAAGAAUUGUAGACUUCGAUCCUAAAAUUGGUGAGAACGAUGCGAAUUGUGAUAAAGAUUCUAGUGAUAAUAGUCUUGAAAUAGAUUCUGGUUUCAGGACACCAGUGGAGGAUGGGAAGGGUGAUUCUGUAAAAGACCUUAUUCAUCCAAUGGUACGGUUGAAUCUCGAGAAUGGAAGAAGCUUGAAGGAAUUGAGCAUUGGGACGAUGGAAUCUUGGUUUGAGAUGAUAUCAGGUGCACGGAAGAUCAUGGAGAAGUACUUUGUAUGGACGUGUGGUUACUGCCCUGAGGUUCAGGUGGGUCCCAAAGGACACAAGCUGAGGAUGUGCAAAGCCAGUAAGCACCAGUCUCGUGAUGGCUUGCACGCGUGGCAAGAGGCGGCCAUUGACGAUCUUGUGGGCCCCAACUAUGUCUGGCAUGUACGAGAUACAUCUGGCCCACCCUUGUGCAACAAUUUGAAAAGGUACUACGGCAAGGCUCCAGCUGUGGUAGAGUUGUGUGUGCAAGCAGGCGCGCCUGUUCCAGAACAGUACCGAAGCAUGAUGAGAUUAGAUGUAGUUCCUCCUGAUAUUGAUGAGGCUGAUCUUGUUGCAUGAUGGUUAUUACAAACAAAGUGUAUGUUGGUUCAUUGGUGAUACCUUUUUGCUCACAUUCAGCAAGUAAAAAGGACAUAAGGUGGAAAUUUAGUGAGACAAUUGCCUUUACUGAUCGCAUCGACUAACCUGCAAGUAUCUGGCUGAGAAUGAAAAGAACUCGUGAUUUUUAUUCCAAAGCUCUUAUUGCUGAAAAGUUGAUGAUAUUGCAUUGACUGGCUAGCUAGCCCAUGGACUUCUGAUUCGGAUAUUUGAAUUUGACUGUCUGUUGUCAUUUCUUACUAAAGAAGCUGUGUUCAGAAUUGAAGCCUGGACCCGUUUCCAAUGGUUAGAUGUUAUAGCCAAAGCCUGAAAUCACAGACUCAGCUGUGCAAUAAUGAAGGAUGACCGAGUUGCUUAAAGAGGUCGUUGACUGUCAUAAGAUGAUGAGAUGCAACAGCGAGUAUGUUCUUCAUUAGGAUCUGGGCUCAACAAACUACAACCUAAAGACCCUGCUUCUGCUUGUAACUUAGACCUAUACCGUUUUCUGGAUUGCUUUGAGGCCGGAAGCACUUCCAGAAGUUUCCAUGAUCAGAAAUUUUGACCGAACUCGUGAAUUUGCCAUUUCCGGGGAUGCUGCCAUGCUGUGCAUUAGAGUUGCCUUUCAAUUAGGCAUCCAUAGAGAGACAAUGACCACAUUGGAAAGACUAAUGGGUCUAAGCUAUCAUCACUUGGUAUGUUUCAUUUUGGAUAUCAGAAACCACAAACGAACACUUUUGGAAUGGCCAAAAGAAACUAGUGAGAAAAUGAUCGAUAUCAAGUUGUCUCUAAUUUAUUAGAUUUUGUAUCUGAUUCUUCGCAUCAAUCUUAGAGAAGAGGAAAGACUCAAACAUAAGAUCUGUUGACAAUAAGGUCUUAAGGUGUUACUUGAUGCAACUAGGUCAAAUAAAUUGAUAUUAGACAACCGAGGGCUCGUUCGGUGUCAUUGCAAAUUUUCAGUUUUUGGUGUUUUUUGUUUUCAAAGUCAUAUGGUUUAGAUUGAAUUAGGAACUAAAAAUAGUCAUAUCAAUAGUAACUAUGUUAAUUUUGAAAUCUGACAACAAAAAAUGAACUACUUUUGUGGUUUCUGUA